AUGGCCAACCUCUCAGUCAAGCCGUCCCUGGACGAGAUCAAGGACCUCCUCAGCCAGACGAAAGACCUCCCCAACGCACCCAACCUCGUGCCGCUGGUAGCGUCCAUCUCCUCCGAGUUCCUCACGCCGACCGCCAUCUACCUCAAGAUUGCCGCCAGCGCCGACUCGAAGCUGUCCUUCCUCUUCGAAUCAGCCCCCACGACCGAGACGAUCAGCAGAUACAGCUUCAUCGGCGCCUCCCCAAGAAAAACACUCCUCUCAGGCCCCAAACAUGGCUUCGAAGGAGACCCUCUGCCGCGUCUCGACGCUGAGCUCUCCCAAUACCGGGUCGCACAGCUGCCCUCCUUGCGCCUCCCACCAGUCACCGGCGGGGCAUUUGGAUACGUGGGCUACGACUGCAUCAAAUACUUCGAGCCCAAGACCCGCCGGCCCCUAAAAGACAUCGUCGGCGUGCCAGAGAGCCUCUUCAUGCUCUGCGACACCGUCGUGGCCGUCGACCACUUCUUCCAGCAAGUCAUGGUCAUCACCUACCUGCACGUGCCCCCAGCCUCCUCCCCUCCUUCCGCCCUCUCGGACGCCUACACCGCCGGCAAAGCCACCCUCUCUUCCCUCCUCUCCACCAUCAAAUCCAAAGACAUCCCCCUUCCCCCUCAACCCCCCAUCACCCUCAACAACACCUACACCUCUAACAUCGGCCGCCCGGGCUACGAGUCCCACGUCACCCGCCUCCGCGCCCACAUUACCGAAGGCGACAUCAUCCAAGCGGUCCCCUCCCAGCGCAUCGCCCGCCCCACCUCCCUUCACCCUUUCAACAUCUACCGCCACCUCCGCACCGUCAACCCCUCCCCCUACCUCUUCUACCUCGACUGCGACGACUUCCAAAUCAUCGGCGCCAGCCCCGAAGUCCUCGUCAAAAGCGAAGCAGGCAGAAUAAUCACCCACCCCAUCGCCGGCACGAUAAAACGCCACCCCCUCCCCUCCGAAGACGAAGCGCUCGCCCAGACCCUCCGCGACAGCGUGAAAGAUAGAGCCGAACACGUCAUGCUCGUCGACCUCGCCCGCAACGACGUCAACCGCGUCUGUGACCCCACCUCCACCCGCGUCGACAAACUCAUGGUCGUGCAGAAAUUCUCGCACGUCCAACACCUCGUCUCCGAAGUCUCCGGCGUCCUCCGCCCGGAAAAAACCCGCUUCGACGCCUUCCGCUCCAUCUUCCCCGCCGGCACCGUCUCCGGCGCCCCAAAAGUCCGCGCCAUGGAACUCAUCUCCGAGCUCGAAGGCGAGACCCGCGGCGUCUACGCCGGCGCGGUGGGAUACUUCGGCUACCCGUCCCUCAACACCUCAACAGGCUCAGUCGCAGAAGGCGCAAUGGACACGUGCAUCGCACUGCGCACCAUGAUGACGAAGGACGGCACGGCUUUCCUGCAGGCCGGCGGCGGGAUUGUGUUUGAUAGCGAUGAAGGGGAGGAGUAUGAGGAGACGUUGAAUAAGUUGCGCGCGAAUAUGACGUGUAUUGAGCAGGCGGAGCGGUUGCAUUGGGAGGAGCAGCGGGGUGAUGGGGAGGAGGGGUUGGAGGAGGGGGGGAAGAGGGAGAGGGAUGCGGUGGUGGACGGGGAGGGGGUGGGAGGGAAGGUUGAGAUGGCUGCUGGGUAG